AUGCGUCGACUUAAGACCCUGCUUAGGAGACGAAGUUACGGCGAGGAAACUCCGGUCCCCCCUGAGAGGAAUGCGGCGAGGCUGUCGGGCACCCGACGAAGCCUUGGGUCUUACGGGGAUCAAUGGACUAUAAAAGAGGAUCGACGUAUCACCGGUCUUAAUUUAUCAAGCUGUAAUGAGGGCGCAGUGGAACAUGACACCGACGAACACAAGAGUUCCGAUUCUCAGCAUCCAGCAAAUACAAAUACAAGUAGUUCCGUCGGAGGACAACCAAACUCACGAACGUCGAUCGAGAAAAUCUCGGAGCGUCAUAGAAAUGUGUUAGUAAAGAAUCCUAGGAGAGAUACGCCCGGGCAAUUUCACUCUGAUAAAAUGCCUAGCACAAAAGAGCGAUCCAAAAAGUCGUCAACGGAAAUACGGAACAGUAAAGACGGACAAUUAUCUCAAUCUACGAGGGAAACGAGCCGUCCAGUAGAGUUACUUGACAAGGAGGAUAACACUACUCGACCAGGAGAACGUAGUGAUGCAGAGGGUGAGAGGACCGUCAUAGACCUUAGGGAUACUGUAGAUACCGAUGAGACUGUUACCUAUGCUCCAGCGGUUACGCACGAAACUAUUCGCCCGCAGGCGCACGAGAUUCUGGAAGAACAGAUAUAUCGUGACAUCCAUAACCAUGAUGUAUACCACCGAAUCCAGCCUGUUUACGAAGUUGAGAUCCUUCCUGCCCGCCAUUUUGUCCCCGGACCCGACGGUGGUCUAGUUGAAGUACCCCAGGGUUCUAUCCCGGAGUGUACCGGUGUGAAUCAAAAAUGGCACGUGAGCAAGAGACCGCCUCGCGCUGCAUCGUUACCUACUCUCUGUCAGCCAGAGUGUAUAGUCGAAAAUAACACGAUUCGCGAGCCUAUUGAAGAGGACCCUGAAAAGGGGGUCGAUCCCGAGCUUACGAAGGCCCAAACCACUAUCGACAAUCAGGAAUUCAAAGAUGUGUACUUUGAUAGUUGGCAAUCCAGUGCUGCACGCAUAUUCUAAGAACCCAUUUGUAAAUUUUAGUUUGAUAUCAGCGAGUCGAGACGAGACAAUUCUUUCCAUUUCCUCCGCGCGGAGACCGGCCAUGAGCACUCGAAAGGGACUUGUAGUUUAAGCCUUUCAUCUUCCCCUCAUUUUGUGCACAUUUAGGGUUCUGCCGAUUUAGUCGGUCCCGGAUGAUAUCGAACUGGCUGCGUUAUUACUUUCUUACGUUAUUGUCGCUGUCAGCCCAUUGCGGCAACAUGC